GCUUUCAUUCCACCACAAUUUUUUCGAAAGAAUCCACCACGCCAUUCACGAUGAGGAAGCUCUACAACCACAAUAAAGGCAAAAUCCACCCAUCACCACCGCCGUCCGCCACCGCCGAUCACUUAUCCUUGCUACCGAUCGCCAUAGCCACUCUCGCCGCCGCCCUUGCACCAGAAGACAAAGAAGUAUUGGCAUACCUUCUCUCCUGCUCUGUAACCACCACCACCACCAACAACAACAACAACACCAACAAUAACUUCUCCGGCAACAGAAAACCCACCAGUAAAAUUCACGGCGGAGAUGGUGGCGGAGGCGGAGGCGGAAGCCAUAUUCCGCAAUUCAACUGCGACUGUUUUACAUGCUACACAAGUUACUGGGUUCGAUGGGAUGCGUCGCCAAAUCGACAACUGAUUCAUGAAAUCAUUGAUGCUUACGAAGAUGGGUUGAUUCAUAACAAGAAGAGUGGGAAGAACAAGAAAGAAAGAAGAAAGAACAAAGUUUCUUCAUCUUCCCCCAACGCGCCGAUUAUCGCUUCGGAGAAGGUUCCUCACGCGCCGCCGCAAGUCGAGGAAAAAUUGAUUAACAGUGAUUAUGAUGAUGAUGGAGAUGAAGAGGAAUUGAUGAUUGGGUCAUCGUCGGAGAAAGGAUCAGUGAGAAAAUUUGUAAGUUUCAUAGGAGAUAGGAUUUGGGGUGUUUGGGGGAUUUGAAUCUUUAAUUUUAAAUUUUGGUAUAUUUUGAAGAACAAGAAAUCAAUUUCUCCAUUUUUGUAAAUUCAGGGGUGGUUUUUUCUUGUAUUUUUUUAAAUCAUUUUUCCAAGCGUAUAACUUGUAGCAAAAUGAUGUUUUUUGAUUUGUUCUUGAAGUACCAAAUGGAAAUAAAUAAAAAUUAGUAUUUUUGUAAGUA